CAGCAACGCUUCGGUGGCAGUUUCCUCCAAAGAUUUCGAUCGCGGGGCGAAUGCGGCAAAAUGGAAGUGGAUCCCCUCGCACCCAUGCGCGCUAGGGCCUCGGUAUCAUAUGACGGAAUAUCCUCGCCGUACUUGUGCUGCAGUUCUGCUUCGUCCGUUAUUUGAGCGUUUGGCAUAUCAUCAGCGAAGUUUGUCUUUCCUGCACUCGUUUUUACUCAAGCAUGGCUUUGUCGAACCCGUUUCAAAGGCGGACAGCCAAUACCAGAGACUGCUGGGGCUACCGGUUCGAGUGGACGCCUGAACAUCUGACUCCGGAACAGAUGAAACCUAUGAAGUUUUCGUACGAUGUUCUGGCAGAGGAAUGUCUUGAUCGUUUGAACGCUAUCUCGCCACCGCACAAGGGUGCUUUGCCAAGGAACGAUAGUAAUCGUGCCGCGCUAUCGUCAGUUCCGGGCACCGAGGAAGAGAAGAAGGAACCAUUGCCGGUACCUAAGAGGGACCUCUACACUUUACUGGAAGAGUAUCACGACUCCGAUCCCAAGCUUGCAGAGCUUUGGCGCGAAGUACAGACUGUACCAGAUUGGGUGGACUGGGACCAGAUAGCAAGAGGGCAAGAUGUGUUCUACCGAUACGGUGGGCCUGCCCUGACUGGUCUUACUUUCCAAUCGCUACUAGGAGGAAUGGGCGCUGCGCGAGUGGUCGAGACAUUAGCCCGAACUGGAGGCUUUAGCACAAAGGUCGCAAGAGGCAGACUCUUCGAAACCACACAGCAUAUCCUCCAAUGCACACGAACACUAGACGGACUCAAACCAGGCGGGGAGGGAUUCGCCUCGUCGAUACGCGUCCGCUUCCUACACGCCGCAGUCCGACAACGCAUCAUGAAGCUCGCUAAGGAGCGACCCAGUUAUUUCGACGUCGAAGAAUGGGGGAUACCGAUUAACGAUCUGGAUCAAAUAGCAACGAUCGGUACCUUCUCCUCUACACUCAUCUACCUCAGUUUCCCUCGCCAAGGCAUAUUCCUUCGGAAGCAAGAGAUUGACGACUACCUAGCCUUAUGGCGCUACAUCGGGUACUUGAUGGGCACGCCCGAUGAAUGGCUGUCGACCCCAGCAAAGGCAAAGGCUAUCAUGGAGUCACUCCUCUACCACGAAGUCGACCCCUCAGAAAUGUCCAAAACAAUGGCAAACAAUAUCAUCUACGCCCUCAAAGAAGAGCCUCCAACUUUCUCCUCGGCAGACAUGUUGACAGCCAGUGCACGCUGGUUAAAUGGUAACGCGCUCUGCGACCGCCUCGGUUUAAAGCGCGUUUCCGCAUACUACUGGUCGCUCAUGGCUGGCCAAUGUCUCUUUUUCAUCUUCUAUUGCUACACAUAUCGUUUAUUCCCCGAUGCGGAUCGUAGACGAAUAGAUCGCGCAAAGGACAUCUUCUGGCAGUUGAUAGUGAAGGCGAAGUGGGGAUUGGCAGGCAUGGAAACAUCAUUUGAUUUCAAGUAUGUGCCACAAUAUGAUACCUUGACACAUCUGGGUAAUAUUGGAGAGAGGAAGAAGGUGUCUCUCAGUAAUGAGCUGAGGAAUUUGAAGGCGCUCGGGAUUGGAGUGGGGGUGUUGGCUGUCGGGACGUUGGUUGCGGUCAAGGUUGCAGCGAGUGUUAUUGGGAGGUUGUGGUAGCUUUCGUGUAGAUACUUUGUUAGAUGUGCGUAAGUGAAGGCACCUCUUACUUGCCGCACACCCCACCGCCAACAG